GGGGAUUCUUAAUCGGUAUUAUCCAUUUGAACGACAAAAGAUGAGGCAAUUAGUCAAUUUUCUACGAGCUUGAGCAAUAAAUCCAGUGGAUAUCACCCAGACAAUUUGUGCGGAGGUGAGUUGUGGAGAAAAAGCCCGCAGAUUGAAAGAUAACACCUCAGUUGUGUCUCAGUCGUCAACGGGAGCGGAUGGUCAGUGUUCACAGAGGUGUGAGAAAUAUACUAGAGAUCCGUGGGAGGUUUAAGGUGGCAAAAGCACUGUAACUGUUGCAAAUUAAUUUAGGACAAAGAGAAGUGUUUGUGAAAUUGUGAGCAAAAAAGCUGGAAAAUGUCUGACCUGCCUCCUCUAAAGGAUUUUCCGCGCAAAGGACGGCGAGGUAGGAGAGCUUCGGCUGCUGCAGUUUUAAAUCAUACUCCUUCAACGGAUUCCUGGACACCUGAGACAGUUCGUGGUCUGAGAAUUGAUGGAAGUGCUGGAAGGAGAUUUUCAAUAGCAAAGAUUCCUGAAUUGCCGUCUGAGGAGCAAAAGAACAGUAUUGAAGAUUUGCAUUUGGUUCCUGAGAAGACAAAGAUGGACUAUAGCCUCUAUCCAGCUAUGCCAGCAGAAGACGAUGAUGAGCGGGAGGAGAAGGAAGCUAAAAAGAAGAAGAGUAGUUUUUCCGAUGGCGGGGAGGGUCCAAGAAUGGGGAAAAGGAUGAGUUUAGUAGCCACUUUAAUGAGCAACACCUUCAGCAAUAAAGAAACCAAAAAUAGCCAGAUAAAGGCUCCAAUUCACAGUCACAAAGAUGCUCCUUGUGCCCACCUUGUGGAGAUCUAUGAGGAGGAUGAGGCACUGGAACCUCAUUACCCAGAACCAUUAUCAGCCUCUGAUAUCUGGAUGCACAUACGACAGUACAUCCCGUGGAUUUUAGCUGUGACAAGUGUCCUUCAGAUAUGGUUAUUCAUUCUGGACAGAGAUGAAUUUUUCCGACUGCUGGUCUUCUCACCACAUCGCAUUGUGGAGAUCUGGAGGCUUCUGUCCUAUACACUCCUUCACCAGAAUUCAGUCCACCUCGCACUCAAUGUUGUAAUUCAGAUUUUUCUGGGAAUUCCACUGGAGCACGAACAAGGUCACUGGAGAGUUUUUCUUGUGUACUUUGGAGGAGCUGUGGCGGGUGCUCUUGGAACAUCUGUCUUUGAGCCUAAUAUCCUGUUGAUUGGAGCCUCUGCAGGAAUCUACAGUGUCCUGAUAAGUCAUAUCCCACACACGGUGAUUAACUUCAAGAGCCUCUCCUAUCGCUUCUAUCGGAUUAUCUGUGUUAUCAUACUGUGUACCAGUGACAUUAUCUACACCCUCAUUCACGUUGCGUAUGGUGAUUUGCCCAAAAUAGGCGUCUCUGCGCAUAUCCUGGGAGCAAUUUCUGGUCUCUUCUUGGGAACAGCUCUCUUCCGGUCAGCCACAAACAGAGGAACAACAUUCAAACGCUUACGAUAUACCACAGGUGCCAUCUAUCUCACCUGGUUGCUUGCUAGUUUCACAGGCAGCCUCGUGUGGUCGCACGCGAGUCGUGUGUGAUUUCUUGUGAUUGAAAUACGCUGAGAGUUAUUUUAACUGCCAUGAGCAGAUUUAUUUCUUAAGUUUAUUUUUAGGGAAUCAUUCUGAAAAAUCUUAUACAAUAAAAUUUACUGUUAGAAA